AUGGCAGAGCUGCAGCAAUGGCUGCUUCGGUCGGAGAUGCCCGAGUUCAGCCAAUUGCUCGUGCUACCGUUCCCGGAGUGGAUUCGAAAAGUAGAAGAGGAGGCACAGUUGUCCGCCUGGCCGGUCAUCGGAUGGGCAAAGGGCCAUGCGGAGUUUCCAGUUUUCAACACACGGCACCCCGAGCUCAAUGCUCCUUGGGCGCGGCAAGAGACCCUGGAAGGUUUGCGCCGGGGCUUGGAUGAGGACUGUUUCCGAAGGAUGCUCCGCUUCAUCUUCGUCUCCGUGCCCUGCCACGAAGCACGGGAGACUGCCAGGGGCCUCUGGCACCAAAGUCACCGCGGCGGCGGCUCCGGGCAGUCGUCACAGCUGUCAGAGCCAUGCGGCUGGGGCACUGAGUGGAAGUCAGACUGGCGUCCACCACGAGUUUCUGGGACGCCGAGCUCCGUCACGCCCUGCGCGCGCGGCUACGGGGUGGACUGGGAGGGCGCUGCCAUGCCAGGACCUCGGCACAAGCAAGUGGUGCAAAGCUUGCUUCCCACACGGUGCAAGAUUGGACUCUGGAAGGUUAGACCUAUUGAUAUUAACGCCUCGGGCCCUGAGACUUCUGAGGAUGACAGCCGUGUGGAGUUCCUCCUGAGUUAUUUUUGGUGUUCGUUGGACCGCUCCGUAAUUGCAGUAGCCAUGGCCUCGCGUGGCGAGAAACGACCGCUGAGAGCACCAGCAACGCCGCAGGCUGGGAAGCUUCCGUGGCUUCGCAAGCGGCUGCCACCGGCAGUCACAGGUCUUCGCCUCUACGAGACGCUGCACCGGGAGUACGCCAGGGCACUGCAAGAGGAGGGACUGACAGUGGCAAUGUCGCGCGUCGCCGAUACGGCUUCGGAGAAGUAUGCAGAGCUACACAGGACAGCGCUCGAACUCCUGAGGUCCGUGGCCAGCCGCCAUCGCGAGAGUGGCAGCCGAUCGUUGGCCAACUACGACGUGCUCAUUUUCCGGGGAGAGGCUUGCGGCAACCGGCGCCGCAACCUUUCAGUACGUCUGGCAAGCCUCCGCCGACGCCGGGGCAAAGUGCGGGAGGCCCUUUGCUCCGUGUUGGCAGCGCUUUGUUGCCGCUUGCAGAAGAACUGGCUCGCGGCGUACGACGAGGAGGAGCCGGUGCGUGGCUACUUUGCCCAUUCUUUGGUCGAGGCGAGCUCUGUCUUCCGUGUGGCCCUGCGCCCCGGGCGCCCGCUGCGCCUUGCCUCACUCCUGAUCUAUCAGGAGCUCCCGCUGGCACAAGCGCUGGCCGCCAUGGACCACGGCGGACCCUUCCCUGAGGGCCACGAGAAGGAGCCAAUCGGCGAGCGCCGCUACGGCUUGCAGCGCGUUGGGGUGGAAGGCUGCCCCGGUGAGGAGCAGAAAGAGCGGCUCUGCGACGUGGAGCCCGAGGCUCGUAUCCGCGAGCUGAUGAAAUCGAAGGCUCCAGUAAUUGUCCUGGACGUGUACUGUGCGCUGGCUCCGAAGGAUCACGCCAAGCGCCACAACUUGGGACCGGUGGUGAAGGCCGAGUUUGCAGCGCUUUUGCGCCGGAGUCGAGAUGCAGGACAGGCUGUCCUCUUCCUGGUGGGCGGCGAGCGCCCAGCCCAGCUGGCGCAGAAAGUGUACCUGCAGCCACGUUUCACUUCCAUUGGCGGCCUGAUGUGCGGGUAUCUCCGCUGGAAGCCCGAUGCUUCAGCACCUUGGGAGCCGCCAAAGCUGCAGGGCCAGCGGAGGAUCAUCUUUGGCCUACAAUUGCCUUGA